ACGCGCACUCGCGCCAGGCCGGCUCGCGCCCUCGCGUUUCGCUCCGGCCCGCGAGACCCCCCUCCCCUUCCGCCUCGCGGCGCUUCCUCGCGCCGCCGUCUUCUCCAGCCGCCCCCGGCACCGCGGGGCCUCCCCCACCCCCCGGCCCGGCCGCCAACGGCGGGUCCCCCCCUCCCAGCUUACCGCGCUCUCCCGCCGGGGGGCCCAGCCCCGGCUCCCCCCUCUCUCUCUCUCUCUCCCCUCCCUUCCCUUUAAUUCCCCCCCUUCCGGACGCUGCCAUCAUGCUGAAGCCUCAGCCGCCACAACAGACUUCUCAGCCCCAGCAGCCGCCGCCCCCCGCGCCGCAGGCCGUGGCCCGCCGGCCUCCCGGGGGCACGAGCCCACCCAACGGCGGCCUCCCGGGGCCGCUGGCCGCCGCCUCGACUCCCCCAGGGCCUCCCGCGGCCGCUUCCCCCUGCCUGGGGCCUGCGGCGGCUGCCGGCGGCGGGCUCCGCCGGGGGGCUGAAGGCAUCCUGGCGCCACAGCAGCAGCAGCAGCACCCGGAGAGGUCGGGGGCAGGCGCCAUCGGCAGCGCCAGGGGCCAGAGCACAGGGAAGGGGCCUCCACAGUCACCCGUGUUUGAAGGUGUUUAUAACAAUUCGAGGAUGCUGCAUUUCCUUACUGCUGUUGUGGGCUCCACUUGUGAUGUCAAAGUGAAAAAUGGCACCACCUAUGAGGGUAUCUUCAAGACUCUGAGCUCCAAGUUUGAACUAGCCGUGGAUGCUGUGCACCGGAAGGUAUCUGAGCCAGCAGGUGGUCCCCGGCGGGAGGAUAUUGUGGACACGAUGGUGUUCAAGCCGAGUGAUGUCAUGCUCGUCCACUUCCGAAAUGUUGACUUCAAUUAUGCUACUAAAGACAAGUUCACUGAUUCCGCCAUUGCCAUGAACUCGAAGGUGAAUGGGGAACACAAAGAGAAGGUGCUGCAGCGCUGGGAAGGGGGUGACAGCAACAGUGAUGACUACGACCUCGAGUCUGACAUGUCCAAUGGGUGGGACCCCAAUGAAAUGUUCAAGUUCAAUGAGGAGAACUACGGUGUGAAGACCACCUACGAUAGUAGUUUGUCUUCUUACACGGUGCCCUUGGAAAAGGACAAUUCGGAAGAGUUCCGGCAGCGGGAGCUGCGUGCGGCCCAGCUGGCAAGAGAGAUUGAGGCGAGCCCCCAGUACCGCCUGCGGAUCGCCAUGGAGAAUGACGACGGGCGCACCGAGGAGGAGAAACAUAGUGCUGUGCAGCGGCAGGGCUCUGGGAGAGAGAGUCCCAGCUUGGCAGCCAGGGAGGGGAAGUAUAUCCCCCUGCCUCAGCGCGUUCGGGAAGGUCCCCGGGGAGGAGUUCGCUGUAGCAGUUCUCGGGGUGGCCGGCCUGGCCUUAGCUCCUUGCCACCUCGUGGCCCUCACCAUCUUGACAGUAGCAGCCCUGGCCCAGGUGCUGAGGCACGUGGUAUCAAUGGAGGCCCUUCCCGCAUGUCCCCUAAGGCCCAGAGGCCUCUGAGAGGCGCCAAGGCUCUGUCUUCACCCAGCAGCAGGCCUUCUGGAGAGGCGUCCCUUCCCUCUCCCCCUACAGCUCCCCCUUUUCUUCCAGUGGGCCGGAUGUACCCGCCACGUUCUCCCAAGUCUGCUGCACCUGCCCCCAUCUCCGCGUCCUGUCCAGAGCCACCCAUCGGUUCAGCAGUGGCAGCCUCUUCAGCCUCCAUCCCUGUGACAUCAUCGGUCACAGAUCCUACAGUGGGCUCCGUCUCCCCAGCUUCUCCAAAGAUCUCCCUGGCUCCUACCGAUGUAAAAGAACUGUCAACCAAGGAACCUGGCAGAGCUCUGGAGCCCCAGGAACUGGCCCGAAUAACUGGGAAAGUCCCUGGACUUCAGAAUGAACAAAAGCGGUUUCAACUGGAAGAACUGCGAAAGUUUGGGGCCCAGUUUAAGCUUCAGUCCAGCAGCUCCCCUGAUACCAGCCUGGAUGCCUUUCCCCCUCGGAUCUUAAAGGAGGAGGCCAAAGGGAAGGAGAAGGAGGUGGACGGUCUGUUGGCCUCCGAGCCCCUGGGUUCUCCGGUCUCCUCCAAGACGGAGGCGGUGUUGGAUAAAGAGGAUAAGGCAUCCCUGGCAGCGGCAGGGGGCACUGAGGGGCCGGAGCAGCCCCAGCCGUCCUGUCCGAGCCAAACUGGCAGCCCCCCUGUGGGCCUCCUGAAGGGAGACGACAAGGAUGAGGGCCCCGUUGCUGAACAAGUAAAGAAAUCAACGUUGAACCCCAAUGCCAAGGAGUUCAAUCCUACAAAGCCUCUUCUAUCUGUGAACAAAUCCACCAGUACCCCGACUUCUCCGGGGCCCCGAACUCACUCAACUCCCUCCAUCCCGGUGCUGACAGCAGGCCAGAGUGGGCUCUACAGCCCCCAGUACAUCUCCUACAUACCUCAGAUUCACAUGGGACCAGCUGUGCAGGCACCCCAGAUGUAUCCAUAUCCUGUAUCUAAUUCAGUGCCUGGACAGCAGGGCAAGUACCGGGGAGCCAAAGGCUCUCUGCCCCCACAGCGCUCGGACCAACACCAGCCAGCAUCAGCCCCUCCCAUGAUGCAGGCUGCUGCUGCUGCAGGCCCACCUCUGGUGGCUGCCACACCGUAUUCUUCCUACAUCCCCUACAACCCCCAGCAAUUCCCAGGACAGCCUGCUAUGAUGCAACCCAUGGCCCACUACCCCUCACAGCCCGUCUUUGCCCCCAUGCUUCAAAGCAAUCCACGCAUGCUGACGUCGGGUAGCCAUCCCCAGGCCAUUGUGUCAUCCUCUACCCCUCAGUACCCUUCUGCAGAGCAGCCCACCCCCCAAGCCCUUUAUGCCACUGUUCACCAGUCCUACCCGCACCAUGCCACACAGCUCCACGCCCACCAACCACAGCCGGCAACCACGCCUACCGGGAGCCAGCCGCAGUCACAGCAUGCGGCCCCCAGUCCUGUUCAGCAGCAUCAGGCGGGGCAGGCCCCACACCUGGGCAGUGGACAGCCUCAACAGAACCUGUACCACCCAGGGGCCCUGACAGGCACGCCACCCUCUCUGCCCCCGGGCCCAUCUGCCCAGUCCCCUCAGAGCAGCUUCCCCCAGCCAGCCGCUGUGUACGCCAUCCAUCCCCACCAGCAGCUGCCCCACGGCUUCACCAAUAUGGCCCAUGUUACCCAGGCCCAUGUCCAAACUGGAAUCACAGCAGCCCCGCCCCCUCACCCUGGGGCUCCCCACCCGCCCCAGGUGAUGCUGCUGCACCCACCCCAGAGCCAUGGGGGGCCCCCCCAAGGCGCAGUGCCCCAGAGUGGGGUGCCUGCACUCUCAGCUUCCACACCCUCACCCUACCCCUACAUCGGACACCCCCAAGGUGAGCAGCCUGGCCAGGCGCCUGGAUUUCCAGGAGGAGCCGAUGACAGGAUUCGUGAGUUCUCGUUAGCUGGGGGAAUUUGGCAUGGAAGAGCUGAGGGGCUGCAGGUGGGGCAGGAUGCACGGGUUCUGGGUGGGGAGUGAGGGGUCUUGGAGGCAGGGCUGUCCCACAGGGCGCCCGCCGACCUGCACCUGUCUGUGAAGUAUGUAGGGUGGGCAGAAGCCACAGUCGCCGCCGCCAGGGGCUUGCUCCUGGCUCUGUCCUUUGCUUCCCUCCGUCCUCGCUCAGUUGUGAUCCAGCAGCCCCCCUCCCCACUGCCUCCCCAGCUCUCAGUGACCCCGACUGUCUCCUGACUUAGCGAGGUAAGGUCAGCGCAGCAGACAGGGCCAGCCUCGGGUGCGGGGGGCUGAGCGAGGGCUCUGGCUUACUGGGCAACAGCGAUUGACCUGUGCUGCUGACAGCCCAUGAGACACCUUGCGGAGGCCGCUCCUGCCCAAACACCCCGCACACCCCCACCGGACGCAUUGGAUGAAGGGACAGCUGCUUGGGUUCUAAUGCUCCUGCUCUCUUCUCUUUCCCCUCCAACCAGUUCAAUCUCAUCCCUCCCAGCAGCUCCCCUUCCACCCCCCGGGGAACUGAAGAUUGUCCUGGCCGCGACCUGAGACCUCCAUGAGUGGAGGGAAGAGUGAUCUAUGUCUCUUUCCCCCUCCCCCUCCCCGCAGCUCGGACCAGUCCCAGCCCCCCCCAGCCCCCUGUCCCCUGGGGGAGCUGGGGAAUUCCUGCCAAGCACCUUGAUUGGGAGGGGCUUGAACAGGGCUGGGGUGGGGGGUUCCUGCUCUGCUCUGCCCUGCCCAUCCCCACCCUACCUUGCCCUCCCAUCCUCUCAUCUAGUCCCCCGCUGGAGACGGAAGAUCUUUUAUUUUCUAUUAUUUAUAACCUCAGACUUGGGCCCCCAGUUCUUUCUUCCCCAUUAACUUGAGUGAUCUGCGUGAGAGACAUACAGACAGAUGCCCCACAAGGAUGGUUGGACAAGGACUUUUACUUUUUAUUACAUAAAAAUAUUAAAAAAAUAAUAAAAAAAAUAAAAUUUUAAACUAACU